CCGGCGGCUGCUCCGAGCGCUCUUGGACCUUUCAACGACAGGUCAAGUAGCUAUAGGGCCUAUGACGCGGACCCGCCUUCGAUGACCCGCACUUUGUAUCAAGAAACAGGACAUCAUUCGUUGCUGUCCCGCAGAACGGCCUUGUUCCUGAACUUGAUGAUCUGGAUAUCGCGAGGAGCGACGCUACACACUGGGCGACGUGAACUGACUACAUACCAAAUGUCUACCGGAAGCACACGGCUACACCCACAAUUACAUCCACAAUUACCCAGUCGUCACGUUAAACAUCUACCAUUAUCCUCCCGUUUUGGAAAGCCAUCAAAGCUCGGCUAGCGCUUGGGCCUGUGGACGGGAGUAUAAACCGGAACUGGGUUACUCUUGGGCACUGCUGAACCCUCGACUUGCCACCCUCUCCCAUGCCUGCACACUCCGACGCUGAUGUGCGGCGCCUCCGCCGUGUUCACCAGAAGUUUGGACCGUUGAUCAUUUCAACCAAUGUCCCUGUAUUGCCAGGUGUUCGCAGCGAUGAACCUAACAGCCCUAGCUCGUCGGUCGAACGAUCGAGCAUUGUCCCUCAGACGGCGAUCGCCGAAGGUCCCAUCGACGUUCUCGUCAACCAUGAAUCGGGCUCUGAGGGUAUUCCUGAGAUCGCUGCGCUCGUCACAGUUCUCCUCACUUCCAUCGAGUCCGUCCUCCAGAGCAUCUUCCACCGCGAGUUCCUGCUUCGACAAUGCAUUGUUCAUACUCAGAUUCGUGACACCAUUGUCCACCGCAGUUACGAGUUGCGUGACCAUGUAGCUGGCAUGGCUGCCGGCGAUAUUCCCUGCGUUAGGGAGAAUGCACAAGAGAUCAAAGGUCUUAUUCGGGGCAUAGUGGGCCAUCUGUUGAUUCUCCAUCGGAAGGUCGAGGAAUUUCAUCGGGUGGACAUGAAGCCGCUACCAGCCUUACCGAUCGAAGAGGCGGAGGAGAGCAAUCCUCCCCAGGCCGAAGCAAGCUCUCCCGUUGCGCAUUCUCCUAUCGUGGACUCCCCCGUCUCAGACUCCCAAUCCCGGACUACAGAAGCCGACUCCACCCUGGGUACAACCGACACCACCCCGGAGUCGUCGACCACCACUGUCUCGGCGGUGGUCUCUUCUGAGUCCAAGUCGCCGCUAGUGAAACCGCGUACUCGACGCCGGGACAAACUUCUUCAGCGCUUGCUACAACUCCGAGAGGACUUUCUCAAGUCGUUCCGUGCCGACUCAGAAGCCUUGGCAUCAUCUCUGGAGGAGCGGAAAGCUACUGCGCGGCAAUCGUUCAUCAAUGACCGAGUCGACCCUGGUGGCAAUGGGGAAACUGUCGACAUGCCGCUGCCCACGGGAGCUGCCGUAGCCAUAUGCUUCGACCAAAACGGUGAUGUUCGGGCCGCCUCACUGACGGCUUUGGUCCACAUCCUCACUUCGCAUCACGUGUUCACCAUGGACGAAGUCUCAGAGACGUUCUUUCUCGCCUUCCGUCUGUUCAGCUCGCCCCAGGCAGUUCUUGAGGCGGUUCAAGAGCGCUGGGACGAGCAGCCACCCCUGCCGCUGGACCAGCUGUCUCUUCCCCAGCAGCGUGUUUGGCUCCAGCAGAAGACCUACGUCGCCAACUGUAUCGCCCAGCUCAUCCUCACCUGGCUGGAUGACUACUGGCGACCAAAGUAUGACAAACACAUGCUGCCCCAGCUCUCCGAGUUUGUCAAGGGGAAAUUCCCUGCUGCUGGCAUCCCGGCCCCCGUUCUGGGCCUUCUGCAGGAUGCGCUACACCGCGCAUCGCAGCCUGAUUACAACCCUCGUCGGCAACGCACCUUCGACACCGAGCGCGAUGGGCCGCCACCUCCCCCGCCGGAUUUCUUCUUGCUCGUCACACCGGACGACGAUUUCGGCGUCAGCCUGUCUUGCUUUGAUGCGCCCGGGGGCAGUGAACAGCUUGCUGUCGAGCUCACGCACAAAGCACAUGGUUUAUUCCGGGCCAUCGACAUCGAGCCCACAGUAUUCAAAUGGGUGAAGAACAGGCGUGAUGAACAGCUGCAACUCAUCGUCAUGGAGGAAACUAUCCUGGUUUGGGUUGCGAACAGCAUCUUGACCCUCGCGAACCGCACGGCCCGCGUUCAGCGUAUCGAGUUCUGGCUGGAUGUUGCUGCAGUCAAAUUGUUUUGGCUUGCGCAACUUCUCCACUGCAUCUGCGAUAUUCGGUGGCUUGGUUCUGUGGCCGGUGGAGCGAUUGAGCGUGACAAUUCUGGCAAGUUUUCGUCGCCGUCUCUCUCUUCCAUCCAAUCUUAUCUCGCGCAGAAUCUUUCUAUUAAGUCCAAAGAGCAGUACCGUCUUCUCAGCUCUAUGUACGACAAGAACUUUGCUGCAUACCGCCGGGAACUGAGCAAGAGCACCGACUGCAAGCUUCCUGUCGUUCCCCUCAUAAGUACUGCCUUGCGCCAAGAUGUGAUCUCAGCUUAUGAGCUGUCGGACUUGACGAACGAAGCGGAGAAGGAGCUCAUCCAUUUUUCCGCCUUCAAGAUAUUGCGGCGUACUAUCCGCUCGAUGGAAGCAUCCAUGCUCCCAUACAAUAUCCAGCCCCUUCAGACGGUCCAAACAUUCAUCCAACAGCAAUUGGACGGGUACCGAAGUCACGAUGCGUUUUUGAAUACAUUCGAUGCAAUGAGUCUGCAACUCGAAGGACGCGCUCCAGCUCCAAUACAGAAAGGGCGGGCGUGGCUGCAGACCAUCAAGGGGUCUCCCGAGUCGGGGCAGUUUGCUCUGUUUGAGCUUCCCGAUCCGCGCACGGCUUCUCCACCGAGCUUCAUGCAGAAGUUUGCAGCGUUCCUCAAUCUUCGCCGAUCUGGUUGAACGACGCCCGUGUUUCGGUUCUGCUCCCCCAUAUCCAUUUUAUGUUAUUCAUAUGUUUAUAAACCAACCAUGUAC